GUUGAUGAUUGGUUACCUGAACAAGAAGUCCCGCCUCUGUGACACUGAUAUUUAAAGGUACAGAGUGCCAACGCGGACUGAUCUGAGAGCUGGGUGGUGUCGCGAGACGAUAAAAACUGACGCUCAAAAAGAUGCUGCUCACAUCGUUAGCGUCCCUCUGCCUCCUGGCUGCUGUGGCCUUCGCUGUACCUGCUCAGGAGAAACGCGUCCAUCACCAUGCCGACCUGAGUGACCACGCUCAUGACGACGCCCACGGCUUCCAGUAUGACCAUGAGGCCUUCCUGGGGAAAGAGGAUGCCAAGACAUUUGACCAGCUGACCCCUGAGGAGAGCAAAGAGAAGCUGGGGAAGAUCGUGGAUCGCAUUGACCUAGACAAGGACGGCUUUGUGACACACUCAGAGCUGCACUACUGGAUCAAACACCGACAGAGGAGGUACAUCGAGGAGAACGUGAACAAACACUGGAACGACUACGACCAAAACCAGGAUGGAAAGAUCAGCUGGGAGGAGUACAAGAACACCACAUAUGGAUUCUACCUGAAUGAGGAGUUUGAUGAUAUUGAAGACAAAGCCACCUAUAAGUCCAUGCAGAACCGGGAUGAGAGACGAUUCAAGAAUGCUGACAAAGACAGAGACGGCAUUGCCACACGCGAGGAGUUCACUGCCUUCCUCCACCCGGAGGAAUUCGACUACAUGAAAGACGUGGUGGUGCAGGAAACAAUUGAAGACAUCGAUAAGGACGGAGACGGAAAGAUAAACUUGAAUGAAUAUAUUGGGGACAUGUUCACUCCUGAGAACGGGGAGUCUGAGCCUGAGUGGGUCCAGACAGAGAAGAAACACUUCUCAGAGUUCAGAGAUGUCAACAAGGAUGGUUUCAUGGAUGGUAAUGAAGUUGCUCAGUGGGUUUUACCUGGUGAGGUGGAUCAUGCUGACAAUGAGGCCAAACACCUCAUCCACGAGACUGACACAAACAAGGAUGAGAAAAUGUCGAAGAAGGAGAUUCUGGCUAACUGGAACAUGUUUGUGGGUAGCCAGGCCACCAACUACGGAGAAGAUUUAACCAAGAGACACGACGAGCUUUGAUGAAGCUCACAGGGGUUUAAAUAUUUCAAAAGCUAUGGAGGGAUAGUUACAGGGG